AUGACUUACUCUGUGGAGAGGGUGGUGAGCUGGAGGAUGAGUCUGUUGUGGUGUGUCUCCUUUAACGUCUGUGACAGUCUGUUGUGGUGUGUCUCCUUUAACGUCUGUGACAGUCUGUUGUGGUGUGUCUCCUUUAACGUCUGUGACAGUCUGUUGUGGUGUGUGUCCUUUAACGUCUGUGACAGUCUGUUGUGGUGUGUCUCCUUUAACAGUCUGUUGUGGUGUGUCUCCUUUAACGUCUGUGACAGUCUGUUGUGGUGUGUGUCUCCUUUAACGUCUGUGACAGAGUCUGUUGUGGUGUGUGUCUCCUUUAACGUCUGUGACAGAGUCUGUUGUGGUGUGUCUCCUUUAACGUCUGUGACAAGUCUGUUGUGGUGUGUCUCCUUUAACGUCUGUGACAGUCUGUUGUGGUGUGUGUCCUUUAACGUCUGUGACAGAGUCUGUUGUGGUGUGUCUCCUUUAACGUCUGUGACAGAGUCUGUUGUGAGUCUGUUGUGGUGUGUGUCCUUUAACGUCUGUGACAGUCUGUUGUGGUGUGUGUCCUUUAACGUCUGUGACAAAGUCUGUUGUGGUGUGUGUCCUUUAACGUCUGUGACAGAGUCUGUUGUGAGUCUGUUGUGGUGUGUGUCCUUUAACGUCUGUGACAGUCUGUUGUGGUGUGUCUCCUUUAACGUCUGUGACAGUCUGUUGUGGUGUGUGUCCUUUAACGUCUGUGACAGUCUGUUGUGGUGUGUCUCCUUUAACGUCUGUGACAGAGUCUGUUGUGGUGUGUGUCCUUUAACGUCUGUGACAGAGUCUGUUGUGUCUGUUGUGGUGUGUGUCUCCUUUAACGUCUGUGACAGUCUGUUGUGGUGUGUGUCCUUUAACGUCUGUGACAGUCUGUUGUGGUGUGUGUCUCCUUUAACGUCUGUGACAGUGUCUGUUGUGUCUGUUGUGGUGUGUGUCUCCUUUAACGUCUGUGACAGUCUGUUGUGGUGUGUGUCCUUUAACGUCUGUGACAGAGUCUGUUGUGGUGUGUCUCUCUUAACGUCUGUGACAGAGUCUGUUGUGUCUGUUGUGGUGUGUGUGUCUCCUUUAACGUCUGUGACAGAGUCUGUUGUGGUGUGUGUCUCCUUUAACGUCUGUGACAGUCUGUUGUGGUGUGUGUCUCCUUUAACGUCUGUGACAGAGUCUGUUGUGAGUCUGUUGUGGUGUGUCUCCUUUAACGUCUGUGACAGUCUGUUGUGGUGUGUGUCCUUUAACGUCUGUGACAGUCUGUUGUGGUGUGUCUCCUUUAACAGUCUGUUGUGGUGUGUGUCCUUUAACGUCUGUGACAGUCUGUUGUGGUGUGUGUCUCCUUUAACGUCUGUGACAGAGUCUGUUGUGAGUCUGUUGUGGUGUGUGUCUCCUUUAACGUCUGUGACAGAGUCUGUUGUGGUGUGUGUCUCCUUUAACGUCUGUGACAGAGUCUGUUGUGAGUCUGUUGUGGUGUGUGUCUCCUUUAACGUCUGUGACAGUCUGUUGUGGUGUGUCUCCUUUAACGUCUGUGACAGUCUGUUGUGGUGUGUCUCCUUUAACGUCUGUGACAGUCUGUUGUGGUGUGUCUCCUUUAACGUCUGUGACAGUCUGUUGUGGUGUGUGUCCUUUAACAGUCUGUUGUGGUGUGUGUCUCCUUUAACGUCUGUGACAGAGUCUGUUGUGGUGUGUGUCUCCUUUAACGUCUGUGACAGAGUCUGUUGUGGUGUGUCUCCUUUAACGUCUGUGACAGAGUCUGUUGUGGUGUGUGUCUCCUUUAACGUCUGUGACAGUCUGUUGUGGUGUGUGUCUCCUUUAACGUCUGUGACAGAGUCUGUUGUGGUGUGUGUCUCCUUUAACUCUGUUGUGGUGUGUGUCUCCUUUAACGUCUGUGACAGAGUCUGUUGUGGUGUGUCUCCUUUAACGUCUGUGACAGAGUCUGUUGUGGUGUGUGUCUCCUUUAACGUCUGUGACAGUCUGUUGUGGUGUGUGUCUCCUUUAACGUCUGUGACAGAGUCUGUUGUGAGUCUGUUGUGGUGUGUGUCUCCUUUAACGUCUGUGACAGAGUCUGUUGUGGUGUGUGUCUCCUUUAACGUCUGUGACAGAGUCUGUUGUGAGAACCUGACAGAGAACCUGACAGAGAACCUGACAGAGGACCUGACAGAGAACCUGACAGAGGACCUGACAGAGAACCUGACAGAGAACCUGACAGAGAACCUGACAGUGAACCUGACAGAGAACCUGACAGAGAACCUGACAGAGGACCUUACAGAGAACCUGACAGAGAACCUGACAGAGAACCUGACAGAGAACCUGACAGUGAACCUGACAGAGAACCUGACAGAGAACCUGACAGAGAACCUGACGGAGAACCUACAGAGAAAACUGACAGAGAACCCACAGAGAACCUGA